CCAUGCCGCGAUAUCCACUCUUACCAACCCCAUUUGACAAUCUCAAAACCGCUACUUCGCAAAACCAACUAUCAACUGAGUCUGAUAUCAUCAAAUACCUCGAGCCAUUUGCUAGUUUUAAUCCUCAAAAUUCAUCCAAAGAAUCUCGAUCCAUCGACUCGGUUAAGCUUGCUUCAUCCAGUCAUAUUACUUAUCUUUACCCAAAGAUCUUCGAACUACCCGGUCAAUGGAUAGCGCUAGAUGCCAGCCGUACUUGGAUCAUGUAUUGGGUCUUGGGUUCACUAUCCAUGUUAGAUGUUAAAAUCAAACCGGAUGAGAGGGAUAGAGCAAUUCAGACCAUACUCUCCUUCCAACAUCCCGAUGGCGGCUUCAGCGGCUCCCCUGGGCCCGGACACCUAGCCCAUCUUGCUGCAACUUAUGCAUGCAUCUGCUGCCUGGCUAUCUUACUUGAGGAUGCUGGACAAGACCUCGUCAAUGAUACCUGGUCCCAAGUUCAAAUUGGGAAAUUGUACGCUUGGAUGUUAAGCCUGAAGCGCCCCGAUGGAAGCUUUGCCGUCCAACAUGACGGAGAAGUGGAUGUUCGUGGCUGCUUUGGCGCGCUGGCCGUUGCCACCAUGCUCAACCUACUCACACCUGAACUCGUCAGGGAUCUCCCGCAAUACUUGGUCAACUGUCAAACCCACGAGGGAGGUAUGGGAGCAACUUCGAUUUUGAAUCCCCAAGAACAAAUACAGUCGGGACUUUCCGGUAAUCACACCGGUUCACCUAUUGGAGAAGCACACGGAGGAUACACUUCCUGUGCUUUGGCCUCGUACUUCUUUCUUCAAGGAUACCCUGGGCUUCCUAAUACACGUAAAUUUGAUUUUGAAGCCUGCUUACGCUGGGUCACCCAAUCCCAAGCCUUGCCAAUAGAAGGGGGCGGCUUCCGAGGUAGGACCAACAAGCUGGUCGAUGGCUGUUACAUUUGGUGGUGCGGUGGACUUCUCCCUCUCCUCGAAGCAAUGCUCAUGUCAGACCAUUCUGGAGAAAAAGAAUUCCCCGAUUUGUGUGAUCGACAGGCCCUACAAGAGUAUAUUCUGCUCGCUUCUCAAGAGCAACCUACUGCUGAAUCCAAAGGUGGAUUGAAAGACAAGCCUGGAAUGGAUCCUGACAUGUAUCACACUCAUUAUAUAUUAUCUGGCUUAUCCGUUGGUCAGCAUAAGCCAAGCUAUUCCAGCAAGAAAAUUCAAAACCUCACCGAAAACUUCAGACUUCCUGACUUUUCCAAGUGCACUCUUGGAAACGAUGAAAGCCAGACGGAGGCUUUAGAGAGAAUGAAAGGUGUUUAUUCGAGGAUCCUGGGAUGGGAAUUUGAUCCAAAAUCAAAACUGGUCGUUGGACCCCCCGAGAAUGAAGUCGGAAAAGUCAACCCAGUUCUGAAUGUUAAACAUUCAGCCGUUGAACAGAUUAUGAAUUAUUUCUAUCAUCAAAAUUGUCCAAUUAGCAAUCCGUCAAUGGUUCCUACAAAAAGGAAAAGUGCAACCAGCAUCAACCUCUUCAAAGUGUAUUCAGUACUUCUCUAG